UCCUCUCUCUUUGCCAGAUUUCUUUCUUCCUUCUUUCCAUUCUUACUUCUUGGGUGGUCUUCUUUGUCAUCAUCAUAACAAUUCAAGCAUCAAUAAUACAAAUGGUGGAUUAUGAGAUAGUCUGUUCCAUGUGCGGCGAUGUUGGCUUCCCGGAAAAGCUCUUCCGCUGCAACAAGUGCCGCAACCGCUUCCAACACUCGUAUUGCAGCAACUACUAUCGUGAAUCAUCAGAGCCAACAGAAGUAUGUGAUUGGUGUAAAAGUGAGGAAAGGAAUAGUGGUCGGCACGGUGGCUCAUCGUCGAGGAAAUCUUCGGCCGGAAAUGAUGGGGGGAUGAACAGCAGAUCAGAUUACUCAGGCGAGAGAGUCAAGCAGCACGAUCGCCAAGAGGGCUCUGAAAGAGGAGGAAAAAAUCCCAGCGGCACGCCUUCCCCCCGCCCCGGAACUCGCAGGUACAAGCUUCUCAAGGAUGUAAUGUGCUAAGUCAUGUCGAGAAAGAAACCAAGAAAGAUGCCAAACGGGCCUUGUGUUAAUAUCACUAGUCAUAUAGUUUUUCAAGUUCUUAUUCUAAUAAGAAAGAGCUUAAUCAACUGAGUUUUUUCUGGCUUUCUUUUCCCCUUAUUAAUAAGCUGUUGAAAACACUCGCGUUAAUCAUAUGGUUCGUUCUUCCUAUAAACUGAUUAAAGCUGCA